GUUAUUAGUAUUAUUAUGUAAAGUUCGUCGAUCCUCAUUUAUCCGUUUCAGAUCUCAAGAAAAACGAAAGAUGCUUUCGUAUCGGUAACCAGAAGGACUAACCAGUAACCAGGUUUAGGAAGGACUUUAAAUUUACAACAUUGAAUCUCUCUCUCUCUCUCUCUCUCUCUCUCUCUCUGUGACUCUGAAUUCUCCACUCGAAUCUUGCAUUAAUGGCGCUUUGAUCAGGAUUAUUAAUCUGUUGCGGUAGUUGUUGUUGUUGUGUGACAAGCGAUUCGCUCGUAUGAAGUACUUACUUCGUCGGCUUCCUACUCUUUCUAUAGACUCCAAUGACCUUGAUGUUUUGGCUCGUAGCAGACUUAUUGGCAGAUUCUUACACUUAUUAUUGACUGAAAUUUCGAUGUCAAGUUCUGGAAGAAGUUUGUGUAGGCCAGAAAGGAGGGAAUCAAUUUCAGUUGAUUCUUUUUGUUGAAAGAGGUUCUCUGUUGUCAAUUUGAAUCUGCAAGUUUUUCGAUUGAGAUAGAUAUAAAUAAUGGAAGGAGAAGAGGAACGAGUAGAACUCAAGUUCCGGGUAUACGAUGGCACGGAUAUUGGUCAUAAUCACUAUGCUGCGUCUACUACUAUUGCAACCCUCAAGGAAAGGCUAGUGGCUGAGUGGCCCCAAGACAAAACAGUAACACCCAAAUCGGUAAAUGAUAUGAAACUCAUAUAUGCUGGGAAAGUCUUGGAGAACAGCAAGACACUUGCUGAGUCCAAAAUCCUCUUUGGUGAUCUUCCUGGUGGAGUUAUUACUAUGCAUGUGGUAGUGCAGCCUCCUGUAUCCAAGAAGAAGACAGAUAAGAGCAAGGAGAAGAAUCCAAAGAUGAAUACAUGCACAUGUACAAUCCUUUAAUAAGAUGAAGCCCCUUCACCGCACCACUAUUACAGAGAAAGCUAAGCAGAUUCUUUUUCUUUUUCCUUGAGUUUGUAUUUUCCACUUUUCUUUGUAUAAUUAGUUAGGUUCAAUAGCCCUAACUUAUCAUCAAACUCUGCCUCUGCCCAUUUUUGUUAUUUGCAUUUUCUGCCAUUAUUGUUGUUCUCCUUGUUGUAAUCAUUCUUGUACAAGUAAGCUCAAAAUAUGUACCACAUGAAUAGUGAAGGCAUCUUGUCAUAAGAUCCUCGAAAAAUGUAGAACUAUUGUAAGUUUGUGUGGUCUAUUCUACAGAUUAAUAAUCUUUAUUGAGUACA